AUGGGAACAUCGCGGCAAUUUAUUACGAUUGAUCAACAAGUAGCUGGGGCCGGAGUGAGUCAAGGAGCUCGGAGCGCCCUCCGUCGGAGCACCGAAACGCACCCAGACACCCGUGGUGCAAUUGUAAAAACGGGCACGCACACAAGUGACACGAGGGAAUCCCUCCGGCUAGACGGAAUUAUCUCGGCCUCUAUUUCCGUUUCGCGUACUAUUGGGAAUGCGUCCCGCUCGCGCGCGUUGCCCCGCUAUGGCGGCGUCCCUUUCCCAUUCGGUUCAUUCAUGACCGUGGAUUUGAAUGGGAUUCGGUGUAUGCGUUUCCUCGGCGUGGGGUUUCCAUUCCACGCGGAGGUCUGCACGGGGGAGCGCGUCGCGGCGACGAGGCGACGCUUAUCUGGAUCGGUGUUCCGCUCGGCGAGACAAAUAGAGAGGCGAGCGACAAUUCAC